CGGCCCUCCACGUGAUGAUUUCCACUUUAAUAUUUUUAUUUUCAAAAAUUCAGCACGUUCAAAAUGAUAAUCCCAAGUGUAUAUCUGAAAGGAGGGACUCUAGUGGAUCCAAAGGAUGGGGAAAAAAUUGAAGAUGUAACAGGCUGCCUCGAUACAAUUUCUUUGUGCCCAGAGUUUACCAUCGUUUAUCUUGAUAAAGUCCAGGAGACAAAAGAAUUUGGAAAGAAAGUUAUGCAUAGGACCUCUUGUUGCGUAGAAAUUGAACUGAAUUCUGAAGACGAGGUCUUAGAUAUACUGGAUUCUGGUGCUAACAGUGUCAUCCUUAACAAAGAUCACCAACUGCAUAGCCUGGGAGAAUUUUUACCCAGAGAAAGGAUUGUCUGCAAAUUACCUGAUCAAGAGUACUCUGUAGCUGAGUUGGCCGAAGAAAUCAAUGACCUAAAACACAGAUCUAGCACUUUUCUUUUGUGUCCUAAAAAAGCUUCCCUUGCUGAUGAAUCAUGCCUUGUCGAGUCUAUAAAGGAACUAAAGACCCACCUGUGUGACGAUGUGAAACUCAUACUAUCAAUCGAUGGGGUGAUUUUGUCCUCAACCAUCUCACAGCUUCACUUCCUCGGAGUUCAGGUUCAACUAAGUACAACUUGGUUGCUAAAUGAUCUCAGUCUUGGAGAGAUUAUCGCAUCCUGUCUUAAAAGUGACCGAUCUGAUGGACUCUACCCAACUCUUGUGACAGAUGAGCAUAAUAUUGCAUUAGGAUUGUGUUAUUCAAGUUCUGAGAGUAUUCAAGAAGCAGUGAAAACCAAGAAAGGGGUGUAUUUUUCAAGAAAAAGAGGAUUAUGGAGGAAAGGGGAAACAUCUGGAAACCAACAGGAUUUAUUGCAAAUUCAUUUAGACUGUGAUUGUGAUACCCUGAAGUUUGUUGUACGUCAGCUUGGACAAGGAUUCUGCCACCUUAACACAUGGACUUGCUUUGGAGAUAACAAUGGUUUACCAUUACUGAUGAAUACAUUAAAGUCCCGCAAAGAGUCAGCUCCUCCAGGAUCCUACACAAGUCGCUUGUACAAUGACAGUAAACUGCUGCAUGCCAAGAUCCGUGAAGAGGCAGAGGAAUUGUGUGAAUCUGAAACAAAAGAGGAGAUUACUUGGGAAGCAGCUGAUGUUUUGUAUUUCACACUAGUGAAAUGUGCCAAGGCAGGAGUUUCUCUGAGUGAUAUUGAAAAAGUUCUGGAUCAAAGGUCACUCAAGGUUAGACGACGUCCUGGUAAUGCAAAACCUGGCAAAUUGUCUCCCCGUAAUGGCCAUUCUAUAACCAAGACAAAAGUACAUGCUCCUGCCCAAGCUAACUCAUCUACAGUCAGUGCACAAAACUCUGUUUUAAGAAGCUUUGAUUUUGAGCUUCUUAAUUAUAAGGAAUUACAAGAUCUUUGUAAACGUCCUGCAGUGGUUGACAAAGAGAAACUAGAAGCUAUUGUGGGACCGAUUUUGACCAAUGUGCGAACUUAUGGAGACAAGGCUUUGCUAGAAUUAACAGAAAGGUUUGAUAAAGCUAAGCUGAGCAGCCCUGUGAUCAACAUGUCUGCCACAGAUGAACCAGUUCUUGAUAAGGAGGUCAAAGAUGCAAUUGAUUUGGCUUACAACAACAUCUACAAAUUCCAUAAGGCACAACUUGACCUGGAGCCUCUUGUGGUAGAAACAUGCAAGGGUGUGGUGUGCUCUCGACAUGUUCGACCCAUUGAAAGAGUUGGCUUGUAUGUUCCUGGUGGUAGUGCUGUUUUGCCAUCAACUGCUCUUAUGCUGGGUAUUCCAGCCCAGGUAGCAGGGUGCAAAGAGGUUAUUCUGGCCACCCCACCCAAGCAAGAUGGUUCAGUUUCUCUUGAAAUCCUUUACAUUGCAAAGAAAGUUGGCAUCUCCAAAAUAUUACUAGCAGGUGGGGCUCAAGCGGUGGCAGCAAUGGCUUAUGGAACAGAAAGUGUUCCUAAAGUGGACAAACUGUGUGGUCCAGGGAACUCAUUUGUAACUAUGGCCAAAAUGUUGGUGCAAAAUGAUAGCUCAGCUUGUGUCAGUAUUGAUAUGCCUGCAGGACCAUCAGAAGUUAUGGUCAUUGCUGAUGCAAUUGCAGAUCCCUCAUUUGUGGCAGCUGAUCUGUUGUCCCAGGCAGAGCAUGGAACAGACAGUCAAGUGGUGUUGGUAGCUGUUAAUUUGAGUGACAACCAGCUUGCCAUGAUUCAGAGUCAAGUGGAUGCUCAAGCAAAGAAACUGCCUCGGGAAAAAAUUGUCAGAGAGUCUCUCUCAAAGAGUUUUGUAAUAAAAGUGUCAAAUAUGAGUCAGGCUCUGUGCUUCAGUAACAAAUAUGCUCCAGAACAUCUCAUCAUUAACACAAAGAAUGCUGAAGAUUCUUUAAAAGAUAUACAGAAUGCAGGGUCUGUAUUUCUUGGGCCAUAUUCUUCAGAGAGUUGUGGAGACUAUGCAAGUGGUACAAACCACACCCUUCCAACAUAUGGCUAUGCACGCAUGUACAGUGGUGUAUCAACAGCAUCAUUCCAGAAACACAUCACAGCCCAGCAUGUAACAGAGGAGGGUUUGGCUAACAUUGGACCAGCAGUGGCAACACUUGCCGCUGUGGAGAAACUUGAUGCUCACCGUAAUGCAAUUUUGAUCAGGCAGAAACAGAUAAAUGUCUGAUUGUAGAAAUUUAUAGUGCCAUUUGAGAGUGUCAGUAUGAACUGUUACUUUUAUAAUCUAAAUAAAAUCAAUAAAAUAAGAUAAGUAUUUUCCUAGGAGUUCAAGGCUUAUUAAGCUUUAUAAACCAUUGAGGAACAUAAAUUUGUUAGAAUAGAGUGUUAUGGUCUACAGCUAAUUGUACAUGUCAGUUAGAGUUGAAAAUUCUAACCUUUAAAGAGAAACAUAUGACAUAAUGAACAUGUUAUUUAAGGAGGCAUAUUUAUUUGUAGGAGUUAACAAACUGUGUGGCCAAAUCUUUGUUUUCCACCCAUGGAAGGUAUUCUGUCUUCCCUACAUGGUAAUGACAUUUGCUUGUUCAAGGCAAUUUGUUUGGGGGGAUGACUGAAAGAGGGGGCUUAGUUGCAGAAACCCUGGUACUUACCCACUCAUUUGUGUGUAUUCACUUACCACUAGCUCAGUAGAGGCAACAUUGGUUUAAGUUGUUCAGAGAGCUGGACUGAAAUGUUAGUCAUCACCAAAUGAAUAAAGGGGGUACAUUCUAAACAAACUGAGGUGUUGCAUCACUGGGGGCAUUCAAGAUAAUUUGGUUUUAUCAGCUGAGAUGAUAAAGUAACUGGCCACUAUAGAAGGUUUUUCAAGCUGACACCUGCAAUUUUUAUAAUCAACCUGGUUGAUGUGAUCAUCACUAGUCUGAAUCAUGAUAGGUACCUUUUUGCAAAAGUCUUCCCACCUUGCAAUGUGUCGAUUGUUUUUCAAUUUGGUACAACACUACAUAAGGGUUACAGCAAUAAAGAAACUUCCAUUGUUUUGGUGUCA